AUGGGCAAGAAACGCCAGUCCAAUCGUCCCGCUAUUCUACGCAACCCUACUCUUUCCUCGCCAACUAGUCCGCAUUCGCCUAGUGCGAUAUCGGAGACGACGCCAGACCCCGAAGGGCAGGAAGCCCUAACCGCUGCUGCCCUAGCAGCUACAAACGAGCUAAUCGCAACCGCGAAAGAGCUCUACAUGUCGCUGGGUGGGGACUCGUCAGAUGUUGAUGUCGCGGACGACAGUGCUGAGGAGGAAGUGAAAGCGUUGCUUGGAGCGGAUGCCCCGUAUUGGUCUGCGUUACCGAAGAGUGUAAGACAGUUCGUGGGGAGGGUAUACAAGUUGAAGGGUGGAGAGGCAGCUGGAUUGGCGAGAAGCGUUCGGGAGGCGGCGGCAGCCUUGGUUCCUUCUGCUACGCUUGUCGACGAGCCGUUGGCAUCAGCUGACCAAUUCUUUUCUGCGUCGCCCGCCAUGGCCCCGCCACCACCGCCCCCGCCGUCAAGUGUCUCGAUCGGAAAGAAACCGAUGGCGUACCAGCAGGCUCCCGUUCCCCCUGCCACCGCCCCACGAAGUGCUCGAGCCGCUGCGAAAGCACCUGCCAGCUAUCAAGAGGCACCACCCAAAGGGAAGGGUCAGCCAGCCAAGCCGGCUGCGGAAAGCAACAACAAGAUAUGGAGCACCAGCAGCAUCGAGGAGCGCGAGCGUAUCCGAGAUUUUUGGCUUGGGUUGGCCGAAGAAGAAAGGCGGGAUCUUGUGCGCGUCGAGAAAGACACGGUGUUGCGGAAAAUGAAGGAGGAGCAGAAGCAUUCGUGUUCAUGCGCUGUUUGUGGUCGAAAACGAACAGCCAUUGAAGAUGAGCUCCAAGUUCUGUAUGACGCAUAUUACGAGGACCUUGAGCAAUACGCGCUUUACCAACAACAAUACCUCUCUUCAAACCGCACCAUUCCACCUCCACCUGGUCCUGGCCCAUUCCCUGGCAGUGUCGAAGUCGACCGGUAUGGCGCUGUCGUUGCCGGAGCUGUCGGCUACCCUCCAGCUCCCGCGCGACGGAAAAAGAAAGGGCGUAGACGGGCACGGAGGGAGCCAGAUGAUGAACCCGACGUUUACGAGGAAGAAAUUGAAGAGCCGGACGAGAGCGAUCAAGAAGAAGAGCCCCCGCCACCACCGCCAGCUGUCCCAGUAGCACCACCUGCUGUAAAUGGAAGGGGGAGGCCACAACUUGCCGCACGAGGAGGGAGAACAGCGGUUGGUCGUGGAGCAGUCGACAUGAAGGGCAAAAUCGCGGCUUCUGUGAGUACAGGUGUUGGAGGUCCAACCUCGAUACUCACAGUUGCCGACGACCUACUUAAGAACGACGGUCGAAAAUUCCUGGAAAUGAUGGAACAACUGGCCGAGCGUCGACUAGCCCGCGAGGAAGAAGCCGCUGGGGGUGUCAGCGGUGAUGAAGAUGAUUCAGCGUCGUCGAAUUCAAUCGACGGCGAUGAUGGCGUUUCAUCUGACGGGGAGGAAGGAGAGAGUGAGAAUGAGGAUGAUGACGGAGAAAGUGAAGGCGAGAGCGCAGACGAUGACGGCGAUAGUUCACACUCAGCGUCUGGGUCUGAGGAGGAAGACGAGACUGUGCUGACAGAGGAGCAGAAGAUGGAGGAGGGCAAGCGCAUGUUCAGCAUUUUCGCCGCAAGGAUGUUUGAGCAACGGGUUCUGCAGGCGUAUCGGGAACGAGUUGCGCAAGAGCGGCAGGCGCAGUUGUUACGGGAGCUGGCUGACGAAGAUGAACUCAAGCGUGAACGCGAGGUCAAAAAGCAGUCGCAAGCCCAGAAAAAGAAGGACAAGAAGCGUCAACAGAAGCUUGCGAAGGAGGAGAAGGAGGCGUCGAAGGCUGCUGAAAGGGCUGUUGAAGAGGCGGAGCACAAAGCGAAACAAGCGGCAAUGGAGGAAGAACAGCGUAAAAAGAAAGAUGAGGAGAAGGCCAAACGGGAGGCAGCGAGAAAACUGCAAGACGAGGAACGACGCAAGAAACUGGCCGAGGAGGCAGAACGGGAACGAAAAAGGAAAGAAAAGGAGGAGAAAAUCAAGGCAGAAAAGCGAGAAAAGGAUGAAAAGGAAAAGAAAGCCAGGGAGGAGCGCGAGGCAAAAGAAAGAGAGCGCAAGAAGGCAGAGGAAAAGGCCAAAGCGGCUGAGGCCAGUGCUGCUAAAGCCCGUUCUGCUGCUGCUGCUGCCGCCGCGUCUCUGACAACCACUCCAACUCGAUCCCCUCAUGUGAACGGACAGUCAAAGAAGAUCCUCCACAAACCUGUGACUCAAUCGCCGGCCGCACCUCCUCCUUCUGUUACUCCUGUUGUUGUUGCACCCGUCCCACCGCGACAAAUUGCUCGCCCCAUUCACGCUCAUUCAAUGUCGAUGUCGAGUUCUCUUCCCCCAGUUCCUACACCGGUAUACGCUCAGCAACAAGUGGUGCCUCCCCCGAUCUCUCCUCGAGGUGGUUAUGCCCCGCCUCCAUUUGGUGGUUUUGCUGCGGGCCCUUCGACAAUCCAACCCCGGGUAUUUCCUGACGCAGUCGCCGCUAGUUCAUUCCAUCGACCUCCUAUCUCGACCCCAGCACCUAUCGGGCCUCCGCGUCGUCCUUCUUUGAUUGGAGGUGAACCCGUUCCGAUUUCUCCUGGACCAAUUGGCAGACCUGCGCCAAUUGCCCGUCCAGCCCCAGUCUCAGCUUCGACACAAGACAGUGGGAGUGGUUCUGGCUCUGCUUCUCCCGCUCGCCGAUCACCCAGUCCAAAGGGCAUCCUCGGGUCUUCAGCAUUGCUUGCUGAUGACGAUGAGGUUGUCGCUGUACCUGUACGUCGACCAGUUGGUGCAGGAGUUGUUGGUAGUGGUGCUGGGGCUGCUGGCUGGGGCGCUCCGGGUUCAGGCUCGGUCGUUGGCCCACCUGGUCGCGCUCCACCCGGUUCUGGGUUUGGUCUUGCCCCGGCAUUUACCGGGCCACCCAUCGGAGCCGGAAGAGCGGUCGGGCCGGGUGCCGGUUUAUGGGGCAACAAUGCAGUCAACAACCCUCCUCCUCCUGAAUGGCAUCCGACGGGCUUCUACCCACGUGCUGGAUAUCUAGGCAACUCCGCAACGAGUCCAGGCUCCCCUCAGCAGCAACAGUAG